GUCCUCUACAGUGACUGAUUCCUCUCACAAUGAAAUUCUCCAGCAUAGCACCCCUCGCCAUAGCUCUCACAGCCACCGCGCAAGCCUCCUACAUCAACUACACCACCGUGACCGGCUACUUCCUCCAAGACGAGGCCUCCACCGACGCAUCCACAUUCGACUAUACAACCACCAACUUCGGCCUCAUCAACCGCACCUACCCCUCCGACAACACCCACAAUGACAAACAAACCCAAUGGGAACGCUUCCACCACCACAUCACCACCCUAAACCACCACUCCCCACCAACCAUCUCCUACAAAGUCCUCUUCCUCGGCCGCCACGGCGAAGGAUACCACAACGCCGCAGAAUCCUACUACGGCACGCCCGCUUGGAAUUGCUACUGGUCCUUAUUAGAAGGCAACUCCACAACAACCUGGUCCGACGCAGACCUCACCCCCUCCGGAAUCCAACAAGCCCAAAUCGCCCACUCCUUCUGGUCACACCAGAUAGCAUCACAGAGGAUCCACACACCAGAUACCUACUUCGUCAGCCCGCUCCUCCGCGCCCUGCACACAGCAAAUAUCACUUUCUCUAAUCUGCCUCUACAAUCACCAUUCACUCCAGUAAUAAAAGAAUUCUUCCGCGAGAGCGUCACCCUACAUACGUGCGAUCAUCGACACAACGCCACGUACAUCCAUUCCCUCUUUCCCGAGUGGACGUUCGAGAAGGGAUUCAGUGAGGAGGAUGGGAUGUGGGAUGGGGUGAGGGCGGAGACCAAUGGGGCGCAGGAUGUGAGGAGUAAGGUUGCGCUUGAUGAGGUGUUUGCAGGGGAUGAUGGGGUGGGGAUGUUUGUGAGUGUGACGAGUCAUUCCGGGGAGAUUGCGAGUUUGUUGAGGGUGAUGGGGCAUAGGGAGUUUGGGCUUAGGACGGGAGCUGUUUUGCCGGUUUUGGUGAGGGGGGAGAUUGUCGGGGAUGCGUUGGAGCCGACGGUUACGGGGACGAGGUGGGAGACGAGUGCGCAUUGUACGGCGCCGCCGGUUACCUCUGUUAGUUCGGGGUGUGUGUGUGCUUCUUCGGCGGUGCCGGUGACGACGCCGUUGGUUACUCUUGCUGGUUAGUAUGACUGGUAAGAGUGAGGGUGGUAUAGGGAGGUGGUAGUUAGUAUAUUGGAUACUGUAUAUAGCCAGUCACUCAUUGCU